UAUGAGGCAGACAGGACAGCGUGUAGGUGAUGGUCUCACAUAAGCCCCCCAUCUUCUGUUAUUGUAAAGAUGGUGCUGCAGUAACUGAACCCAGAAGCCUGAAUAUACUGACCGAGGAUGCAGGCAAGGGGGGUGAUUCCGGGACUUGGUUUAUAGAUUAUAAACAGUGAGAACCAAUUAUGUGAAACAAAAUAAUAUUCACAUAUCAAGUAUGCCUAUAUACCAUAUAUACAUAAAAUACAUGCCGUGUUGACUUGUUUUUCAGGCCUCGCAUCAUUCAGUCUUUACCCAUACAGAGCAGGGUUUGAACCUACGCCAAGUGGCGCUACAAAUGUUACCCCGUUCCGUGUUUUUCUGUUAGCCGUGUUUCUCUCUCCUUGUCGGACCUGCCUUUCUAAGCGCCGGACGCUAGGUGGCAGAAGAGCUCAUCCAGUGUUACUGGGCCGCUUAUUGACUCCCAGUUAGAAGAAGAAUAGACCUUCGGGGUGAAAACAGGCGGUCGGACUGUUAGGUCCUCGCCUGCGAUUAGGGGGCCGGGGCUGCGGAGGCAUGGGAACGGAGGUGUUCGGGCUAUGAAAUUUAUCCUGCCGUUACUCAAAUGAGGUGCAAAAAAAUUCAAAAACGGAUUCAUCUCCACACUGAACAAAUCUGGGUGUCAGGAUGGGGGAGCAGGCAGCUGUCUUUCCACCCUGUGGCAUCACCCCCAUGCAGCAAAUCCUAGCCUCUGGGACGGGCGCCCUCCUCACAUCGCUGUUUGUCACACCCCUGGACGUUGUGAAGAUAAGGCUGCAGUCCCAGACAACGCCGUUCUAUCAAGCUUUGGCCGUUGAGACCGUACCCUGGAGCAAUGCUGCGCGGCCCACUAAGUGGAAGUGCAUCCUGUACUGUAACGGCUUGAUGGACCACCUGUACGUCUGCCAGAACGACGUGCGCUGUGCCCCCUGGUACAGCCGCCCCACCCACUUCAGCGGCACCCUGGAUGCGUUUGUUAAGAUUACACGCCAUGAAGGAGUGAGAUCUCUGUGGAGUGGGCUGCCGCCAACACUGGUGAUGGCAGUACCAGCCACAGUAAUCUACUUCACCUGUUAUGAUCAGCUGAGGCAUUUUCUGCACUAUCGCAUGGGUUACCAGGGCACCUUCGUCCCCUUGGCGGCUGGGGCACUAGCCAGAUUGGGUGCGGUCACUGUGAUCAGUCCCCUGGAGUUGGCGCGUACCAAGAUGCAGUCACGACAGCUGUCCUACCAGGAGCUGAGGGUGUGCAUUUCCUCAGCUGUGGCCCAGGAUGGCUGGGUGUCCCUCUGGAGGGGUUGGGGGCCCACCAUCCUAAGGGAUGUCCCAUUCUCAGCGGUGUACUGGUUCAUCUACGAGCUGGUGAAGGCGCAGUUUUGCAAGGGCCAGCAGGUCUCGGAGCCAACUUUUGCCAUGAGCUUUACUGCUGGGGCCAUUUCGGGGGCGGUGGCGGCGGUGAUGACCCUUCCCUUUGAUGUGGUGAAGACUCGGAGGCAGAUACAGCUUGGGGAGAUGGAGAUGUUGGCGGACAGGGCGCAUCGGCCUGGAGGACCCAGUAGGUCUGAGGUUCGGCUAAGAAGCCCUCCUCCACCUUGCACAUCAUGCGGAAGAUCUGUGCCGAGUCUGGUUGCAGGGGCCUUUUUGUAGGUUUCCUGCCCAGGCUAAUCAAAGUAGCGCCGGCCUGUGCUAUCAUGAUUAGCACCUAUGAGUUUGGGAAGACCUUCUUUGAGAGGCUGAACCGGGAGCGGCUGUUGCAGAGGAUGUGAGGGGCUCACCUGUCCCUCAGUCAGUCGAAAUCUACACUUGGAAUUCCAGUCAACAAACACUCACAGCACAGCUUAACACCUGAAACACAUUAUCAUCCUAUCCUGCUAAGUCACCAUUGUAAAGAUUUUAUUUUAUUAUUUUUUUUAAUUCCAGGUUGGUUCUUAAGCGUUUUGGCAAAAGGACUCAUAAAUAGGCGAAACAAAAUAGCAGAAUAUGCAUCCAGAUCCACACAGACAUGCAUAUUAGUUCUGCAGGUUUGUUCUUUCAUAAUAAUGCGCAAAGGCUAGCUUGUGUCCAUAUGAUGGAGUCCUUCCACCCUGUGGAAGUUUCCAGCAGAGCUGUGCCUUAUAUAUAUGUUGUGGCCAAUUAAACACUUCCGCCUUGUUCUUCAGGGACCGGCCUAGAAAAUGGGGAUGUUUCUGCAGGAAUCAGGAAUUUCACAGGAUUUUGAAGGUCUUGUACUUGCUGUGUAAAGAAGGGAGGUUUCCCAGGCUUGGUGGGGGUUUUCCCUCUUUAAGUGGAUCGUAUGAAUUUGAAUUCUGCAUCCCUGCGGACGGCCACACUUCGGUCUGACUGCAGCACAGUGCUGAGAUAUUUGGCCUAAGCAAUGUUUUUGAGAACUACUGAUAGUGGAUCGGUCUACAGCUUCUUCCCUUUGUAUUGCUACUGAAUUAGUGAUAUUUUAAGGCUGAGCAUGGAUGCAUGAGUCCACCUCCUGAUUUUAAGAUUCUGAAACCCUCUGUCAUACAAACUGAUGCCCUCCAUAUUUAAAAAUGUAUACAUUUUGCAGUUUUGGAGGUUUCUUUUAGAUGUAAAAUAAAUCAGUGGUGAUGAAGAUGAACAGACAGCUAAUGCAGUGAAAUGAGACAGUGUGGCAUGUAAGCAGUCACUGUCAUGCAUUCCCUGCUGCAUAUGCUUACAGUAGAUCUGCAAUGCAGUCCCCAGCCCACAGGGGGCACCCAAGGUCAGGGUGCUUAGCAUUGUUUUGAAUUUCAUGAACAUUCAGAAAUAAAAGGGUUAGUCUGUCACUUCCCCUGUCAUUCAGAAAUUCGGAUUCACCAGAAUGUUACAUCUGCUUCAGAUAAGCUAUAAAUAAUAGUGAGAGGGGUGCAAAGUUCCAAGUGUCAGCGCUUAAUGAUGGAAUUUGAGGCAUUCAGACAAAUGUGUGUCUACAUUGUAGUCUGAUUACAUCAGGGAUGUCUGACUGGGUUGUGGAAAAUACCAGUAUACCUCUGAAAUUCAACUAAGACCCCUUUGAAACUGAAAAUUUCAGCAGGCUGUUUAAAAGGAAACAAUGGAUUGGUGUAGCAGGCCAUGCUGUACUGUGAACGCUACUUUCAGUAGGAUUUCAAAUUUUUUUUAUUGUCUUUAAUUCUUAAAUACUUGAAUAUAAAAUGAAAAGGUAAUAAAGACAGCAGUGCUCUUUUUAUUUAA